AUGCCCCCUCGAAACCUGCCCAGAUCGCCUUUCGCAGGCAUUGGCGCCGGGAACAGCAUAGUAGCAAGCCUCGCACGCGAUCCGACCUCCCCCAAGCGCCUUUCUCAGCUCUCGGAGAAAAACACCACUCCUAGACGGCACGAUGGCCUUCCCAUCGAUGCAGCAUCCGGCAACACCUUUGCUGCCUUUACCCAUUCCAACUUUGUCAGCUCGGGAGUGAGCGACAGCCUGUCACGCGCAUUCUACUUUGAUGUCAUCCUCGAGCAGUCAGCUUCUACCACCGCUUCGUCAUUUUCUCUCUCGAAAGUCAAUGGUGCCGCCGCUUUCGAAGCAUGGCUGGGCGAUGCGGUCCACGACUAUGAUGCCGACCCGUCUGCUGCAACGGGAAUCUCGCAAGAUGCUGCGCCGGUCCCAAGGUCCUCGAGCGGAUCGAGCAUCACUGCUGUCUCAUCAUCGUCCACAAACUCCCCUCUUCCUUCCUCCAGCGCAAAGCCCUCCAACGUCGAUCCUGCCCGCCUUUUCAGCCGCGUUCAGGAGCUCAUCGACACCGAACGCAGCUACGUCAAACGCGUCGAUGUCCUCUACCAAAGGUACGCCAUCCCUCUUCGCACGCUUGCAAAGAACCGCGAAACCGCCAUCAUCCCUCUCUACGAAGCACAAAGGCUCUUUGGCAAUAUUGGCGAGAUCGCCGGCGCAAACCGUGCCUUCCUCAAUGACCUAGAGCGUCUCGCUGCUCAGGAUCAGGACUCCUUCCGCGCCGGCCUCGGCGACGUUCUCUACGACCACAUGUCGUGCUUUUCCUGCUAUACCGACUACUUUGCCAACUUUGAAAAGGCAAAGCACAUCGAACGCACUCUGGCCAAGCACCGCGCCUUUUGCGAGUUUACAGAUCGCACAAAGUAUUCUGUCUCCGACAUCGGCAAUACGGGUCUCAGAGAUCUCCUUAUGGAGCCCAUCCAGCGCAUUCCUCGCUACAAACUUCUCAUCGAUGCCAUCCUCAAACACGUCCCGCCUCGCGACCCGCUCCGCACGCGCCUCGAGCAAGUCAUCGCCAUCGUCAGUCGCAUCGCCAGCUGCGAAGCCGACGAAAAAACACGCCGGGCCGCCAUUCUCUGGAGCUUCAGCCGCAACGUCGACUCGUUCCCUCCCGAGCUCAUCAGCGCUCACCGCCGAUUCAUCGAUUGCAUCGACGUAGAUGACUUUCCCCUCGACGGCCAUGCAGCCUCAUCCGGCAUAGCAGCCUCCUUUUCUGGCCUCAAGCCCGUUCCUUGCUCGCUCUUCCUCUUUGACGAUCGCUUGGCUAUCGUGAAGCGCUCACAUGCAUCCACGAGCGGUCGCAAACUCGUCGGUCUUGACGACAUUGGUCGACUCACAUCGCAAAUGAAGACCGUCACUGAAAAGAGCACCAACACAUCUCUGCUUUCUCCUGCGAAAAAGUCCGAGCUUGCCUUCCGCGGCUCAAUCAGCCUUAUGGACAUUGACGUUCAGGAUCUGGGAGGAACCGAUCUACAGCUCACCUUGCUCCGUCAACCCAGCCACGUCACCGGGGACAAGUGGACCAACCGACCCGUGCGCCAGUAUGUCGCCGUCGACCCUUCCGCCUCGCCAUCCUUGACGCACGGCUCCCGCGCUCAGAUGGGCUCCGCCUCCCUGGACGCUGAUGUCUCGGCCAAACUUGAAAAGAUGCGCUUCCUCGAAAGCGUUUGGAAGGCAAAGGCCCUGUUCAAAGCAAGUCAAAGUCGCUGUGAAACACGUUGCACGGUCCUACCUGCCUCGCGCUCCCGAGUUGACUCCAGUGACGCUUUGCUCGGCGCUGCGCAACCAAGCUCAAGUCUUCGAGACGCGCGAAAAGUCAUUUACUUCCACUUGCAUUCCAAGAAGACCUACGCGGACGAGCUGCAUCGAUCUGCGGUGGCCAUCUAUGUCGACGGAGACGGCACAGGUCAACCAACAAGUCUGGGCAGCUCCGACUCGAUCCAUCCCCAUGCCAUUCUGGACAUCAGCCAGAUAGACGAGAUGGAGGAGGAGUUGGUGGCCCAGGUGCGAACCAAAGGUGCCCACGACGGUGGCCCAGUGCUCGGCGAACCGCAUCAGCUGUCAUCGGUAGACCUGGGGAACCACGUUACGCAGCUGUCUGACGAAGUCGAUAAGCGCUUCGGCAGUGCAGUUCGCAACUAUGCACUCAGCCAGCCUGGCACACCGUCUGGAUCUGGCUUUCGUCCGCGAACAAAGGCAGCGGCCGGUCUCGAGAAUUUCGGGCGCUCCUUGCUUUUCAGCGCAAGCGGUGCAGCAUCGAGCAUAUCCAGUGCGGGCAUUUCCAGCCUCGACGUCUUUGGUUCACCAGCGCGUCGCAGCAACAGCAAUGCCUCCAAGAGCACCUUCAGCAGCAACGCCGCUUCCAUCAGCAGUCGCGGUAUGACCAUGUCUACGGCAGGCACCAGCAUCAGCAGCCGUAGCGGAGCUUUGGAGGCUUUGACACGCGGCGGCGGUGGCCCAACCAACUCUCCGGGCUCGUUCAGGCGGUUUGGCCGGCGCAGGUCAUCGUCCGUUGGACCGCCUUCCAGCGCAGCCAGUCGAUGCGGUGCAGACAGCGCCGACGAGGAGGAAGAUCGACUGGCGCUUCGAGCCCGCGCUGUCACACCUGACCCGGUCUCGCUGCUGUCCACCUCUGCAGAUGCCUCUCAAUCGGCCUUCUCCGCGCGCAGGACGGGCACCGGUACGAUGGUCGGAGGCCGUGGCGUAGGCGCUCAUGUACGCGCCAGAACCGAGAGCGCCGCGCCCAGUACACCGAGCUGGUCCCCAUCCAAGGCGCAAGCGCCCUACCAGCAACGUCAAAGGAACGGAUCAGUUGAACUCUGCCGGACGCCGAGCUCCGCAGGUCGGAGACCGACGGGUCCCAGAGAACAACAGACGAGUCCCAGUCCUACACCGCGUUCUUCACGGAUAGAGCCUGCAUCGCCGUCCUGGCUCACUAGUGCUCCUACCACUCCUCUCAACAUUCGUCGAAAGCCGGCACCAAAAGCGGAUCCUAUGGAGAACGAUGGCGAGAAGGUUGAGAAGGGUAAGCGGCCUAUCUCCAGUAUGAGUUCGUAUGCAGCGGUUGAAUCGGAUCAGAGCAACGACGACAUGCCUCAGGUAGCCAGGAGGCGCGUAUCCGGUACAAAGCGGCCGCUGUCAUCGAGCGAUGGUGACGCUGCCGAGCCGGCUCGGGAGAGGUCACUCAGCAAGCGACCCUCUCUUGGACACGGCGAUAGCGCAGUCCCAUCUCGAGCGCCAGCCAUCUUGCCGCGUUCCGCCCCUCUAGCUCGACUUUCCGUCGAAGAGCCAGCAGAACGCCCAUCCAUCUCUGAAAGCGAAGAGUCGACAGAACAGGGCCACGGAAGUGUCAAUCCCUUCAAGAAGGCAGUAGCAGGUGCGCCAGCGAAAACACCCAUCGCGCCAGCACGGACGUCGUCCACUGCCUCCAAAUCGCUAGAGGCGCGGCGCAGGAACGAGGCCAUGGAGCAUGGCCUGCGUUUGGUCAAGGAAGAGAUGAACCUACUGCGAUGCGACGUCGAGAUCCUGCAGAGCAGUAUGGCUGCCAUGGACGCGGAUGUGCGCACUCCACGCAAGCGACGCGGCGGCGGCGAGGACUCGACAGCGGUGCUCAAGGAAGUCGAUCUCAACGCGACGGCUUCGAUCAGCGCCGAGGUGGACCACAUCCACUCGCGUGUCAAAAAGCUCGAGUUCCUGUUUGCGGACGUAGACGCCAAGUGGAUCUCGUCCAUCCGCAUGCACAACCGCAUCGUGCACGAUUUGAAUACGGCGACUGCCGCCCUUGCCGCCUCCUCCACCGCUGCUGCCGCACAAGCUUCGCAAUCGAACGCACCCACGCAAUCACCGGAGGCCGACGCAUCCCUGGUCAAAGAAAAGCAAAAGCUCGAACUGCAGCUCUCGGCACUCAAACGCAAAUGCGAACUCCUCACCACCCUCGAAGCCGACGGACGUCUGGAAAACACCGAGAUCCACAAGGCGUUCAACGAAGAGCUCGACAUGCUCUACGAGCACACGCAGACCCCCGAGGCCGACGAAUUGGCCUUCUUGCGCAACCAGCUCAAACGCACCAAGGCCGAUCAGCUUCAGUUGCAGGUCGAGAACAAGCGGCUCAAGCGCGACCUGUCGAUCGAACGGUCAAACAGUGACACGUAUCGAGACGCUUUGGUUCAGCAUGGAUUGAUGUAA